UUAUUGGUGAAAUACCUUUAGAAAUAAAUGUUAAUGGAAUAAAAACAACAAUUAUUGCUGAUGUUACAACAAAUCUUGUUACAAAUUUGAUAUUAGGUAGUGAUUGGAUUCAAUCAAACAACGUUUAUAUUCUCACACCUGAACAACGAAUUAUGAUCCGAAGUCGAGGUAAAGAAGUAUCAACUCCUUUUGUUACACCACCUCUUCUAAAUUAUCCAGCUACUCUGAUUAACUAUAUUACUUUUCCUCCUUUUUCAGAAAGAAUAGUAGAAGCAAAAGUUCAACCUAACAAUAUGACUGACAUAUUAUUUGAACCAAAUCCUCGGUUAAAAAAUAAAGCAUUAUUUACUGCAAAUGCAUUACUCAAUAUCGAAAAUAGCAAAAUUAGAAUUAGUAUAAUUAAUGCAACUAAUCGACAACAAACGCUUUCCGAAGGAACCAAAUUAGGUAUCGUGACACAAGUAUCUUCUACAAUUGGUGUCACCAUGUCAUCAAAUUAUUUAACAGAACGCAUUCCGGAAGGAAAAGCGUGUAAAGAGCUCAUUCCUGAAGGGAAAGGAGCGAAGAAAUCAAACAAAUUAAAUUUUAAUAAUAUGCUGACUACAACAGUACAUGGAAAACAACACCAAUGUCGUGAAUGUUAUCGAAAUUUUGAUACUGGCAAUGAAUUAUUUGAACACCUUAGAAACAAAUGUUAUCCUGAAGAAAUAAGACAGCAAAUAAACAAAUUAACCGAACAUAUUAGUGAUGAUAAACAACGGGAACACAUUUUAAAAAUUUUAUGCAAAUAUGGAAAAUUAUUUGAUAUUAGAAGACCAUCAAAAAUUGAUAUUGUUUUAAAAAAUGCUAUUGAUACUGGUACACAUCGACCAAUCCAUACUCCACCAUAUAGGAAAUCGAACAAAGAUCAAGAAACCUUAAGAAAAGAAACAGAUAAAUUAUUAAAAAAUGGAAUUAUUGAACAUUCAACAUCACCAUGGUCUUCACCUGUCGUUUUAGUAAAAAAGAAAGAUGGAACAACAAGAUUUUGUGUCGAUUAUCGUCGUCUGAAUCAAAUUACAACGAAAGAUGCUUUCCCUCUACCAAGAAUUGAUGAUAUUUAUGACCAGUUAACAAAAGCAGCAUAUUUCACAAAAUUUGAUUUCAAAGCUGGUUAUUUUCAAGUACCAUUAGACAAAGCAGAUCGACCAAAAACAGCAUUUUCAACUCGAGAUGGACAUUUUCAAUUUAAAGUAUUACCACAAGGCCUUACUAAUGGACCACCAACAUUCCAACGUAUUGUUAAUCAAAUAUUAGGUCCAAAUAGGUGGAAACAUGUUCUCGCCUAUAUCGAUGAUAUUAUUAUUUACUCACAAAAUUUUAGUGAACAUUUAAAACAUAUUGAAGAAGUCUGUUCUCUAUUACAAGAAGCAAAUUUCAAAUUAAAUGUUGAUAAAUGUGAAGUAGCAAGGACAGAAAUAUUAUUUCUCGGACAUGUAAUUAAAGCUGGUACCAUUAAACCAGAUCCAGACAACAUCCGUGGAUUGACUGAUACACGAGAACCAACAUCAGCUGAAGAAGCAUUUAGAUUCGUCAAGGCAGCAGAAUAUUACAGAAAAUUUAUUCCAAAAUUCUCCACCAUCGCUGCACCAUUACAUAAAUACUCUCCAGCAACAUUACAGCAACAAAAGAACAAUAAAAAAUUAAAAUUUGAAUUAUCGGCCGAAGCCAGAACGGCAUUCCAUCAACUCAAGAAAAUAUUAACAACCGAUCUUAUUCUUGAUUUACCCGAUGAUGCAUUACCAUUUAAAUUACAAACUGAUGCUUCUGGAGAUGGAAUUGGUGCUGUUUUAUUACAAAUUACUCCCAAUGGUGAUCGACCAUUAGCAUACAUGUCAAAGAAAUUAACAAAAACACAAACUAAUUGGCCAACAAUCGAACAAGAAUGUUAUGCAAUAGUACAAGCAAUAGACAAAUGGGACAAAUAUCUUCGUGGCCAUGAAUUCAUAUUAGAAACUGAUCAUGAACCGUUAGUUCAUUUUACCAACAAAGAACAAUUAAAUAAAAGAUGUGAACGAUGGCGAUUAAAAUUAGCUGAAUAUCGAUUUAAGGUGAAACACAUACAAGGCAAGAAAAACAAUAUGGCAGAUUAUCUUUCAAGAUCACCAGUCGAAAUAGCUGAAGAAGAUAUUGAAGAACGAACUCAAUAUGAAUCUGCAUCAACACAAACAGAUUUAUCAUUUUCAUCAGUAAAUAAUAAUUUAAUUCCAUUAAAAAUAACAACAGCGGUUACUAGAGCUCAAGCCAAAUUACAACAACAAGCAAUGGCAACACCAUCUAUUAAACCAACAGAUGAAAAAAUUAAUGAGCUCAUCCUACAAGGGAAAGUAGCGAUUGAUGAAGAAUCGAUAAUCAAACAAUCAGAUGAAAAUCCAAACAAGAUCAUCCCAUUUGAUAUGGAUGAUUUAAGAAAACUUCAAGAAGAAGAUAAAACAACUCAAGAAAUAAAAAAGAACAUCAAGAAUAAAAAACAUUAUUCUAUCGAAGAUGGAAUAUUAUUUAGAAAACAACAGCUACCACUUCCAUCUGUACCAUAUGUUCCAGCAGGACGAAUACGGGCUGAUAUAUUAAAAAUAUAUCAUGAUACACCUGCUAAUGGAGCUCAUUUUGGACGUGACAAAACAACAAGAAAAAUUCAAGAACGUUAUUAUUGGCCAACAAUGAUAGCUGAUAUUAGAAAUCAUAUUAAUUCAUGUUU